UGUGCGCCGGCCGGCGAUGCGGGAAGUGCGGAGCGAGCGGCGCAGCCGGGCUCCCUUCAGCAGCGCUCCGCUCCCCAGCCAUGGCCGCUGCGGGCGGGGAUCCCGGCCGGGCCGCGCUCUCCAAGCUGCAGUUCGCUCCCUUCAGCAGCGCCCUGGAUGCGGGGUUCUGGCACGAGCUGACCCAGAGGAAACUCAACGAGUACCGGCUGGAUGAGACCCCCAAAGUCAUCAAGGGCUACUACUACAAUGGUGAUCCUUUGGGUUUGCCAGCUCGAUUGACACUGGAAUUCAGUGCCUUUGAUAUGAAUGCUUCCAUACCAGCACGUUGCUGUCCUGCUUUUGGAACAUUGUAUAACACCAACACUUUUGAGACUUUCAAGUCCUGUGAUAAGAAAGCACUUCUGGACAAGGAAGCAAAUGAGAUCUGGGAAUCCAUCAAAACUGGAACUGCUCUGGAGAACCCAAUGCUCUUGAACAGGUUCCUGCUGUUGACAUUUGCAGAUUUAAAAAAGUAUCAUUUCUAUUACUGGUUUUGCUACCCUGCUCUCUGCUUCCCUGAUGGAAUUCAUGUAACUCAGAAACCUGUUUGUCUUGGGGACAGGUUCUCACUAAAUCAGAUUGAAGCCCUGCAGAAAGCCUAUGAUGACCUCUGCCAGGAGGAGGGGGUGACAGCCCUGCCUUAUUUUUUAAUCAAGUAUCAUGAUAAUUCUGUCAUGGUAUCCCUGCUGAAAAGGUGGGAUGGCUUCUUUCAAGACCAAGGAGGAAAGGUGACAGUUGGAGUUUAUGAUCCCUGCAAUUUAUCCCAGUAUCCAGGAUGGCCACUGAGAAACUUCCUGAUCCUGGCAGCCCACAAAUGGGGCAGUGUUCUGCAGAGGGUUGAAGUGCUCUGCUUCAGAGACAGGACCAUGCAAGGGGUCAGAGAUAUCACACACAGCAUCAUCUUUGAAAUCAAACUGCCAGAGACACCUCUGAGCCCAGAUUGUCCAAAAGCUGUUGGAUGGGAGAAAAACCAAAAGGGAGGCAUGGGGCCAAGGAUGGUGAAUCUCAGUGAGUGCAUGGAUCCAAAAAGGUUAGCAGAAUCAUCCGUGGAUCUGAAUUUGAAGUUGAUGUGCUGGAGGUUGGUCCCUACUCUGGAUUUGGACAAGAUUGUGACUGCCAAGUGUCUGCUGCUGGGAGCUGGCACCCUGGGCUGCAGUGUUGCAAGGACUUUGAUGGGCUGGGGGGUGAGGAAAAUCACUUUUGUGGACAAUGCAAAGAUCUCCUACUCCAACCCCGUGCGGCAGCCGCUCUACGAGUUCGAGGAUUGCCUGAGUGGGGGCAAGCCCAAGGCUCUGGCAGCAGCAGACAGGCUGCAGAAAAUCUUCCCAGGAGUGAGCUCUGAAGGUUACAACAUGAGCAUCCCCAUGCCAGGCCACCCAGUGAAUUUUUCUGAGGUGACAAUGGCCCAGGCUCAGAAGGAUGUGGCCAAGCUUGAGGAGCUCAUUGAUGGCCACGAUGUUGUGUUCCUGCUCAUGGACACCAGGGAGAGUCGCUGGCUGCCUGCUGUCAUUGCAGCCAGCAAGAGGAAGUUGGUCAUCAAUGCUGCCUUGGGAUUUGACACUUUUGUUGUUAUGAGACACGGCCUAAAGAAGCCAAAACAGCAAGAAUCUGGUGAUUCACAUUUCAGCAAUGCCUCUGCUGCUUCUGAUCUGCUGGGAUCCUCACUCUUCUCAAAUAUCCCUGGCUAUAAACUGGGCUGCUACUUCUGCAAUGAUGUUGUAGCACCAGGGGAUUCCACCAGGGACCGGACCCUGGACCAGCAGUGCACGGUCAGCAGGCCUGGACUGGCCAUGGUGGCUGGAGCCCUGGCAGUGGAGUUAAUGGUUUCUGUCCUGCAGCAUCCAGAAGGGGGUUAUGCUGUGGCCAGCAGCAGUGAUGACAGAAUGAAUGAACCACCCACUUCUCUUGGGCUUGUUCCUCACCAGAUCCGAGGAUUUUUAUCCAGAUUUGAUAAUGUUCUGCCAGUCAGCCUGGCAUUUGAUAAGUGCACAGCCUGCUCAGCCAAGGUCCUUGACCAGUAUGAACGAGAAGGGUUUAAUUUCCUAGCUAAAGUUUUUAAUUCUUCACAUUCCUUCUUGGAAGACUUGACAGGUCUGACUUUAUUACACCAGGAGACACAGGCUGCUGAGAUCUGGGACAUGAGUGAUGAUGAAACAGUUUGAAAUCAGGUGCUGAGGAGGAGGAGGAUGCUCUGGAGUGCAGCCCUGCCUUUUAUCUGUGCUUUGAGGAGUUAAUGAUUGCUUACCCCUCCUGACUGCUGGAAAGACAAACAAACAGAACCCACGUUUUGCCAUGAAUAACUUCACUUUCAAAGCAGUCUCUUAUGGACAGGACUCACCAUGUUUUCAUUUUUAUUGUGUAAAUAACUGCAGCAAUGUGCUUAUGUUUAAACCUGGUCUCUCAUUUUUGGUUUUUUGUUUUGGGUUUUUUUUUCAGUAUCUAAAUAUGGCUUACAUAUAAAAAAUGCUGCUUAAGUAAAUUAGGGUGGUUUGUUUGGGCCAGGUUUUAUUUUGCUUGUCAAUAGCCAUGUCCAAGCUGCAUUUCUGAAUGGCUUUUUUCAUCUCUCUCAAAUUUGGGGCACUUUAGUUGGAAUUUGUGAAGAUUGAGCAUUUUCUGCUCUUGGGAGUUAAAUUUAAUGCUUAAAGGUGGGCAGGAGUGGGUAAGGACCUGAACCUGCUGCCUCCCCCACAGGAGUUAUUUGCAAACAUGCAUUUCAGCUGCAGUUCUGGAUGUGUCCAUGGAAUUGUUAUUCUCUGUAAAGAUCCCAUCUUUUCAUGCUGUGGAAACAAAGUGAUUUCACUGAUUUUUGCCCAGGAAUGACCAAAACAUUUAUAUCAUGAUUAGGCUCCUCUGAAGCUCAGAGAAGGCUGUGUUUUAUGGUAAAAUAUUGCUUUGGGGGGUGCUGGAUCGUUGAUUCAGUCCAAACCUGUAGGGAAAUGCUUCACUGAAACGAGAAAUUUGUUCUCUGACGUUGCUGUUCUUGGGUGUGGUCGUGCAGAACCUUGCAGGUGUUCAAAAAGAGCAAUUCUCUUUUCCUUUUUGCUUCAUUUAAUUUUUUCAAGUGGCUUCAGAGAUUAUGGCUGAGCACAAACAGGAGUUUGAGAAUCCUUGAGUUUAAAAAAAUAGCUUGAGGAAAAAGGAGUUUGAAAAUAUCAAAGUGCAUUACUGCAAAAUUGAAAGUGAAUCUAUUGGUCUUAACUUGGAAUGGGUCUUAGAAGGAAAUUUGAAGUCUCUUUCAUAGCUUUAUAUUGUGGGGUUUAUGAGUUAACUCACUUAGAAAAAAUGCAAAUCACUUUAUCUGCCAAGCAGCCUCUAUUUCCCAGAUAUAUUAUGAAAUUUACUUGGUAAAUCCAAUUAUUUUAGUUCCUUCCUUAACAUAAGCUCUGAAGAUUUUUUUGUAGACGAUUUCCCAACUUCUCUCUCAUCAGAAGUUCAGUCAGGUCAAGGAUAUCUGCAACUCCCAUCUUCUGAUCAGAAAAGAUUUACUGAAACCUGCUGAGAUUUGCACCAAGUGUCUAAAAUAGCCAUUAUUGUCUAAAAUCGCCAUUAUUUCUAUUUAUUUAUUGUCAUAGCCAUUAUAUUUACAUUAUUUCUUACCUGGGGGAAUAUCUAAUUUAGGUAACUUCAGUGUAAUAUAAAAAUCUAUUUGAAUGCAAUAUAUUUUGGAAAUCAGAGCAAAUAAUCUCUUGGUGGUCAGGCACUGAAGACUGAUUGAAACCCUGAAAUCUGCAUUUUAAAGCAGUUAAAAUGGAUCAUGACUUUGCAGCCGUGUUUUUAGCCAUGGCACAGUCCAGCUGGAGCCAUGGGUUGGUGCCAGGAGAGUUUAAAGGGAAUAAUCUGCUUUUUUCUCUUUGGGAGCUGCUGACCCGUGCAGUGUGAGCAGCUCUGCACUUUGGGGUUAUCUAAGACUGGAAAGCUGAGUCUCUCUGAGCCAGGAAAACAUUCAGAAUUGUUUUAAAUACCUGCAGCUCUGCUGGGGCAGCCUGUGCAGGGGGCAGGAGGAGCAGUUCAGAGCUCAGGUUCAUGUUCCCAUGUUUGUUCCCAUGUUCCCUUACCUCUCCAUCCCCAUGCAUCCAGCUCUCCCAGGCUGGCUCCUUCCUGGCCAUGUGCUUCCCAGAUGUGCCUGGUGUGCACAAACCCUUCCCUCUCACUUGGAGUGACUUUCCUUAGCUGACUAAAAUUGCUGAUUCCUUUCUCCUUGCGGACCAGAAUUGUUCUUGUUUCGCUUUUGCUGUAUUUCUGGGCAUUCACUGAGUGAGAAAUCCCAGGAAUCCAUUCCAAUGAAUCAAUGAAUGUACAUUCAAAUACUGAUAGCAGAUAAACACGUUUAUUUGCUGCUUUGUAUGCACUUAAUGCAGGAUUUCUGCACAGACCCCAGCUCCAGUGCUUGCUGUUUAAUGGGGCAAGCUAAACUUUCCCUUUCUUCAUGGAGGAGCUGGGAUUUUAAUGUUAUUUGUGCUCCUCCACCAUGGCACCAGCAAGAGAAAAACACUGAAUUUUCUUCAUUGGUGCCAGUCAACAGUUCAUAAAAUGCUAUUUAUGAUUCCUUUUAAACAGUAAAUUUAAGUAGUAAACAGUGAAGACCCUGAAGUUUCACUGGAGAACCCAGCCAGGGCUUUUCAGGUGUGAACCAAAUCUCUUGGGAAGAGGGAGUGAGCAGCCUAAGAGGAUCCUGCUCCUGUUCUUAAAUUAUCUCAUAGGAAUCUAGUGGCAUUUUAUGGCAAUCUGCAGCUGUGCCACCCCCAUGCCUCAUCUGGGGACAUUUAAUUCUGUUAGCAGAUCUCAGUGGAGAGCUCUGACACCACUUCUGUACUUGAGCAUUAAAGAAACUGCUGGAAUGACAGCUUCUGUUGUGAUUUCACACUGCUGCCAGCUGGAACUGUGCUUCAGUAUCACCCCUGCAGUGUGCUCUGCUGAGGUUCAGAAUCUGUAGCAUGAACCACAUCCAUCACAGUGAGGAAUCUGAGGCUCUGUGAGAGUUUUUUUCCUUGGAGCCCUGGACCUUGGGCAGUGGAUUUCCCUCAGGGACACCUGGGGACUGCCCUGGUGCCAUCACAGCCUUGGCCAGAACCGUUCCCAGAGUGGCUGCUCUGAGUCUGGAGCCUUCAGCACUGGGAUUUGUAAGGGAGAAAGGCACAGAUGUGAAAAUGCCAGGGAAAUCCAUGGAGGAGGAUUUGUGAUGGCCCAGGUUGGUUGAGAAGGAACCACAUGAGUUCCAUUCCCGGGAAGCUGGUGGCUCCCAAGAACUAAAGAACUUCUGCUUCAGUAGAAGGCAGCAGCAUGGGAAAUAUUUUGGCACAAUAAAGGAAUCUGCAGUGCCUGUUCCAGGCCUUAAAAUCAUGGAGUUUGAACUUGGAAACACGUUUUCCCUUCCCUGUGUCCUCAGAGAAGCCCACGGAGGUAAACUAAAAUUCCCAUUUUGCCAUCUUUGAUAUUCCUAUCUCACUUCCUGCAUGUCCCUGCCCAUGGCAGGGGGUGGCACUAGAUCCUCUUAAAGGUCCUUUCCAGCCCCAUAACAUUACCUGACUCUAAUCUUGUUUCUUUGUAUAAAUUCUGGCUGCUCACCUUAAAGGCAUGCAACAGAAGUAUUUGCAAAACUGAGUGGCUCUGCCAUCUGUAAGCACUUUAUUUUAAUUUUUCACUUGUGCUCUUGUAGAAAACUCACUGAAAUGGGUUUCAUUUCUGAGCUUUGCCCUGUGCAACCAUGAGAUAACACUUGUUUCUCUCUUAGUGAACAAAUUCUUCCUGGAUAUCUGUUAGCUUGCAUAACUGGGAUUGGUGAUAGAAUCAGGUUUGGUUGGAAAAGACCCUUGAGAUGAUCAAGUCCAAGGGUUGCCCCAGCCCCUCCCAGCUCACCACUGCUUCAUCUCACACUGCUCUGGGACUGUGCAAAGAACUCACCCAGCUCCCAAUUCCCUUGGAGUUUCUGCCCCUUUUUCCAGGCACACCAUAAAAGCAGUGAGAUUCUGAGGUGGCUUUUGGGAGCAGACUUUGCUGUGCAGGAUUCUCGUGGAGGCCAGGGAUGGGUGAGGUCACUGGUGGUGAUCAAGGACACUGCCUCUCACAAAAUCCAGGAGUUUAUUUUUAUAUAGUUCCUCUUCAAAGCACAACCAAAUGUUAAAAGAGUUCCAGGCGAGUCCCAGCUCUCGAUUCUUGUGGGAAUAGGAAGGAUUGCUCACAUUCUUGCAGAAAAAAUCCAUUUCAGGCUGGCACACAGCCAGCCUGUCUGCUCCUUCCACGUGCUCCAGGGUGUCCCUGCUCAGGGACUGCUGCUCUGGGACUUGGCUUUCAGGGGGCACAGGAACAGAGAGCAGGAGCAGCUCUGUGGUGGGAUUUUACUGCCAAAUUUUGAAUUUCUUUUUGAAAUAACAAUGCAAAGCUUUCCUUAGAAACAAAUACGCAUUUAUACUCCAAAGAGAGCCAUUAAGGAAGUAUUUGCAACAUGGGAAAUUUUAGCUGACUUCAUAAGAACCAGAGUCUGGAAGAUGUCUCCAGCCUGUUACCAUUUGGCCUCAUUAAUUCCUUUUUUUCUUUCUUUUUAUUCCAUUUUCAGUGCAGCUGAUGUGCUCGUGCAUAUCCUGCCAGAAUGAAACUUUCCUUGCAGAGGCUGUUGUGCACCUUUGCUCUUGCAGAGCACCUGGAUGAGCUGUUUUAAAAGGCAGAAAUACUACACUAGGAGGACUUUGGACUGUGCCAGGGUGUAAAUCCCUAACCCAUGAAAUCCCUGCCUACCUGUCCCAUUUCCAGCUCUCCAUCCCUUGCAGCUGCCUGGGCUUUCUCCAGAGCCUAAAAACACCACACAGGUCAUGUUUUAGGUUUGAAGUUCAUCUGGAGCUGCCCUCUCUGCUGCCUCCUCAGCUUUCCAGUGUAAUCAUUUCUGGAAAGCUCAUUUUCUUACCUGUGCAACCUGGGCAGGUUUGGAAAUAAAAAGCUCUAAGAGUUUAUUGACUGUUUUUUUCUGUCACUUUACUUUUAUUGAUAACCUAUCAAGAAUCUCUCUGGGCUUUAUUCUCAGUUAUCCUGGGUCAAACUGUUGUUUUGUUGCCAUGUUGAAGGUUUAAUACCCAGGCUGUGGCUCGUGCUCCUCUGUACCCCCCUUUUCCUUCAGGUCAGCACUGACACCCAGCAAUCCUCACCCAGCACCAGUCCAGUUUGGGAAGGAAUCCCUGGAAUGAAUCACUUGAGGAUUAUUUUAACCAGGCUGAAGCUCCUCCCAAAAGCAUUACCAGCACUAAGCUGGAGUGGCAGGGAUGUGCCUGGAGCACCUCAGGUAUUCCAUGUCUUAGGGCAGCAGUUUUCUCACCUCAUUUCCCAGUGCCAAUGAUCUCACCCCAGGAUGAGGAUGCAGAUAUCUGCUCCAACCAUGUUUAAGUUCAAGCUCUAACUGCACCCUCACUAAUUAUAUUAUCAGCCUGUUGUGACCUAACCACAGCACUUUGUCAAAUAGAGUGGAAUUAUUUAGGAUGGAUUUUCAGCACCCACCAGUUAUUUGUCAGAACUUAACCAGCACAGGUUCUUAACCCAGCCAUUGGAGCUCCUUGGGCUCGGGGAGAAAAAGGACAAUCAGGAGUUCUAAAAACAGCCUGGGCUAUGUUUCCUGGCUGGCAGGGAGCACACACUCCUUCCAUCCAUCUCCUGCAGCUCUCCAAAUGCCUGUUUCCUCCUGCUCUGUGCAUGGAUGUUUGUGUAGGACAUUGAUAGGAAGCACAAUGGGCUUUGUCUCUGCAGUGAAGGUCACAUGCACACGUGCCUUUCAUUUGAAAUGUAAAAAGAGUCAAAUUACUUCUUAACAAAAUACUGUAGUGAGCUAACAGGAAAGGACAGGAGCAACUGUACAGGGCUGUGCUGCUCCAAAUCAAAAGCCAAAUCAAAUCCAAAUCAAUGAGUUUUCAAAAAUUAUUCCUUGUAAUUUCCCUCCUCUCCCAUCCAGUUCCUUUCUGUUCUUACAUUCCUUGGCUGUGGGUUGCUGCUUCAGUAGUCUGAGCAUGCAAAAAUCCAGGCUCAUGUGUAACUUCAGUCUUUGGCACUGGGACACUUGACUUUUGCAAGAUCUCAGCAGAAUGAUUCACUGCUUGAUUUGUUAGUGAAAUACUGUUCUGCACUGUGGAAGUAGGGAAAGGGAGACAUUAAACUGGACAUCUGGAGUUUUUUGCCUCCAUUUCUCUUUUGGUCUGAGACCUUCAUGGUCUUGUGGUGGCCUUCACUCACCCCUCAGAAGCUGCACUGAUGCAUCCUGCACUGCACGGUCCCAGGCAUGUGAAAUGCAAGCUGGAGUCUCUGCUGGGAUGGUUUUGCUUCCCAGCUGAAAUCAGUGUGGGCUAAAGGUGCCUGGAGCAGAGCUGCUGGAAAAGGGAGGGAGGGAGGAAGGAAGGUUGGUUCUGUGUCUGCUGCUCUGAAAGCAUUUGGACUCUGGGUUUUGAUGGGUUUUGGUGUCUCUUCUUUCCUCUUUCUUUUUCUUUUGUUUUUCCCUUUUCUCCCCACAUCCCCAGUGCCUCCCUCAGGGAGAGCUCUCAGUGACACCCACAUUCAUUUCCAGGGACAGACUUCUCUCAAAUUAGCAGGGAGGGAUUCUCUAAAGCAGGCACCGUUUUCCUUGAGGUUUUUGCUUUGUCUGUGAGUGUCUUUAUUUUCAUUUCGUGCUUCCAAGGCUGACUUUUAUCCAGUAAUUCUGUAGGUGUUGCCACUUCCUCAGGAACCUGUGACUCAGGCGACGUUUAAAUGCUGUGACAUCACCACAGCUCCCCUUGGAAUUGCUGCUUUCCUAAAUAAGGCUCCUAAGUGCUUUUAAUACUCCCAGCUCUGCUUUGAGGUUUUCUGUGUGUGAGGGGGGAGGGAUGGAGGGGUUUCAUUCCUUAAGGCAGCCCUGCCAUUCUGAGGAUCCAGCCUUUUGAAUUGCUGAAAUCCCCAGUGCUGCUUCAAAUGGGAGAUGCACGUUGGUACUCCAGCUGUUUAUGAAUGAAGUCAUUGGAGCCAGGCUUUGCAGAGGUUCUGCUGGUGUAAAUCAGGCUUAAUUCACUCUGCUCUGGAGAGGGGAGGAGAAGCCUCAGCAUUGUUCUGGAAGCAAUGCAAACCAAAGGUGUGUUUUCUUUUCACCCUGCUGGGCAGUGAGUGCCUCUCCCAGCUCUGUACCUGCAGCACAGCAGCUCCAGGGUGGAUCCCAGAGCUCCCUUCCCAUGGCAGCUGUGGGUGAGUCCUGGCUGGGUGAGGAGGAGCCCUGGGCAGUGCAGGGUGUCCCCAAAGGCAGAGGUGGCAGCAGGAGGCCUGGGGACAGCAGCUGUGCAGCUGUUUCCUGCCUGGCCAGCAGCCCUUGGCCACGUCAGUGCAGCAGGAGCUGUCAGGAAUCCUGGCCAUGGCAGGAAUGUGUGGCUGUCCAGCCAUGGAUGCAGUUCUGUGUUGGGCUGGUUGUUGUUGUGCAGAGCACAGGAUCUCUUUGGGCUGCUGGAACUGCAGCUCCUGCAGCUCCUCUGGGGCUGCUCUGGCUCUGGGGGCUCUCACUGAGCAGGCAGAGCCUCUGGGGGACAUUGAGAGCAAAGCUCCAAGGGAAGGGGGCUCAGUGGCUCCCCAGGUAAUGGGCUUUCUUCCAGCCAUGGCAAAAUCUGGCACUGUUAUGAAUUAAAUUAUUUUUCAGAUUACACAUUAGACCAAAGUUCUAAAAACAAAAAGUUCUGUAUCUCUUCUGUACCUCUACUUUUUCUGAUAUUUUUUUUUACAAUUCAUCUUACCUUCCUAAAGCUGUUGUUGAGUUUCCCUUGGGUCCUUUAUUUUCUAAAUUACCUUAUAAAUUACUUUUAACAAAAAGCUCUCACUCAAGUCCCACCCAGUGGAUAUAUCCUAUUGAUGUAUCCCAAUGAUUUAUCAUUUUUGGCACCAAGCUGGGGCCACUGAGAUGCAGGUGGUGUGAAUGUGAUAACAUCACAAUUAUUUGGUUACACAAAGGCAAUUUUCCUCUAAUUAAAACAUUUGCUGCUGCUUGUCCCUUGCCUGCAUUUAGCCACUAUCUGUGAUUUUUCCUUGGGGUAGUUGACUGAGCUGUAAAUUCUGCCCUGUGAACUCAGCUGAGUUUAGCAACACUACCAACUUAAUCCAGGCUUUUUUUAGCCCUGAUUUGCAAGGGAGGGCUGGAGCAGGUCAGUGGUUCAUGGCCAGCUCUGCCCUAUGGCUGGACAGAUCCUGGUUUCAUUUCCAGCCAUGAUGGGAUCUGUUCAUUCCUUUUCCUGUGGAUGGUAUUUGGAAAUGUCAUUAAGAGAUCCAGAGAGAUAACUUUGAGAUAGCAAUUCCUAAAAGUCCUCUGGGAGCAGAGAAUAACAAAAUACCUGUUGAUGUGAGAUACUGGAGAAGAAUGGGGCUGAAAUGUCACCGGGCUGACACUCAGGACGUGCAGCACAGCAUGUUUCACAACACAAGCACUGCUUUUAACUUGUUCUGCUGCUCUGCUUGUAGGUGAUCUCAGAAAUGUUCUAAGCCAAGGUGUUACGUUCCAGCUUUCAGUUUGGAGCUUUAUGUCACUCAUUACUGGGGUUUUUAAAGCACUGCUUGUUGUCACUUUGUCCUCCCUGUCACUGUCCCAGCCCUGGGAGGGUGGAUGGGUCAGAGCUCCCUGGGCUGUGUGAGGCCAGGGAAGGGCUCAGAGUCUGAGCUGCUUCAGAGCAGGCUCUGCAGGUGUCCUAAACUGGGUUUCAAAGCUCUGAGAGAAGUCUGAUGUCAGUUGUAAAGACAAUCUUACACUAAGCAUGUAUUUUUAGAAGUUAUGUGUGUAAAAGAGGAUUAAAUAAAUCUGUUCUUAACUUUUAA